GGCACGUGGCUUUUCACGUGGAUACUGGUCAAAACUGCCGCAUGUUUCUGUUUUGAAGCUGGAUUGUGUCAGUUGCCGGAUUGUACACUAACAGACUGAUCGUGGAACGAUAGAGUAACCAGGAUUUAUAUUGCUAAACGUGCCUCAUCCAAUCCAUGCUGCCACAACCGGCUUCACGUUCCACGGAAACGUCACAAAGUACCACACUAUUCUUUCUUCUACAUCUCAUCAGUGGAGUCUUGUGGAGUACAGUGUCUUCCACUUGUAAUUCUCGCCUCCUGUCGGAUCGUGCACAAGUACCGGACUCUGCGUUUAUUCACUCAAGUGCAGUGAAUAUGCAACACGGCGCCCAAGCUGUUCGGGAUGAUCCAUCCGACUCCAGUCUCCAAGAACGAGCAUGGUGCCCAGAUGCGUUAAUUCACAUGGAGCUACGUGAAUAUAUUCAAAUUGACUUAAGCCAUCAGAGGGUAAUCAAGCUUAUUAUUACGAAGGGACGCGUAGCGCAAAGCAAGGGUCGACAAACUACGCCCUACUUCUACGUAAGGUAUAGUAGAGAAGAAACUGGUGUCUGGUUUGAAUAUCGUAAAGAAAAUGGCACGCAGCGACUGAACGGAAAUCAGGAUGCAAUGACCGAAAAUUACAACACGUUGGAACCACCAAUUGUGGCCCGAUUUCUUCGCAUUUAUCCAUUCAGUUUGGAGCCCACCAAGACAUGCUUGAAACUGGAACUACUCGGUUGCGAUGCACAUGGGGUGGUUGAAUAUGAAGCACCUCAAGGAACUUUACUGUCGAGCACCGCGUCGUCACUGUACAUUUACAAGUUGAGAGACAUGGAGAUGCGCCUUCAAGAUACUAGUUAUGACUUUACUUCUGGCCAAGGCGCAGUUCACAUGAAUACAGGUCAAAGCCACUCUUCGAAUUCCGGUAUUCUGAGAGGGGGCCUUGGAAAAUUAACCGACAACGAUACAGAAGCUGAGCUAAACGUGGGACCAUUUUCCAGUUUCAAAUUUGUCGGCUGGAGAAGACAGGCUUUUCCUUCUCGUAUCCAAAGAAAGACUCCCAACGACAGAAUUAACCACCACCAAAAUGUCACGAAACCAACUGUCAAUGCGGUGAAGUAUGACGGGAUCCGACUUGUUUUCCGAUUUGAUUCUACUUACAAUUUUACCAAAAUCCGAUUAUUUGCUUCGAAUGAUUUCAGCAACAGUGUGGCUUUACCCAAAAAUAUUUCCACUCGCAUCACUCUAUCUCAUCCGAGCUAUUCGGAAACACAUGGGGCAACAAACGAUGGGCAAACUGCUGUCUUCACCACGAGAUUCAAACAAGAUCGGUUCAACCCCGUCUCUCGUUGGAUAGAGUUGCCAAAGCAAAAGAUAUCUGAUUUUGAGCCCAGGAACACAUUAGGUCUAGGACGAUUUGUCGAAUUGCGGCUUCAUUUUGCCUUGGACUGGAUUGCGAUUGGAGAGGUGGCAUUUGAAAACCAGGCCGUUGACAAUCGAAGGCUCCAAUUUACACCGAAGAGUAACGUUGGUACUCCAAUCCAAAAAGUAAGCGUCCUCACCUCAACUCAGUUUCCUGCACAUACCCCAGUGGACGAAUUGAAGCUCGUUCAAGGCCAACCGACAGCUACAACAUUGGCUGUCGUAUGCAGCAUCCUAGCUGUUCUGAUUUGCCUAGGACUGUUGUGCUCUUUAUAUUUCUGGAGAACGAAGAGCGUAACUACGGCCCUCAGACGUCAAUUUCAACGAGAUAAGAGAAAGUUGAACAAGCCUAGUCAGCAUGAUUCUCAUAAGGAUUUAGCGACUUCAAACACUUGUAACCAAACGCAUAUUACCAAAGACGUACAAUACAAACACCUUCAGUUGCCCUCCGAAAGGAUUUUCGAAAAUCAAACCAAGUUUCAACAACCGCAAAACUGUCAGGACCCAGCAAUUGCGUGCUCAACGAACGAGACGGUUUCAUCACCUGUUCAGCUGUACACAAGCCAUUUGGUACCCUCAUAUCACGCUCCCCCUCAAGCAAAUGCCAAUUUGACGCAUGUGUUUCAUCCUAACUUGUUGACUAACCUACAACAAUAUCCGAUAUCUGCUAACGGGUGUACUCCAACUUCAAGCAUUGAGCCAUGUCUUAUCUCGAAUGCAAGCAAAUUGACCAAGGCAAAUGAAGUCUUAAACUUCUUACCUCUGACCACAUCGCAAGUUGAGUGUUUCGUCAACCAGAUGCAACUAGGCUGCAGCAAAACGGAUCCUUUCAGGAAUCUUCUCCCUGAUAGUGCUAUUUACACGAGUUUGCCUGGUUCAGACUACGACUCUCAGGCUUACUCUCGCAUCAGCAGCGCCGGAUGUAUUAGAAACCACAGAACUGCAGCAGUAGACAUGGACCAUCGAUCUGGGGAGGGCGCUUUUGGAUCCACAGCUGCCAUGGCACCUUGUAAUUUCUCAGUUGGACUGCCGUCAACUCUUAUUAAUUCUACGGUGCUACCUCCACCGCCACGCUUUCCGCUUCCUCCGCUACCUGUGCAGAGCUUUUCCCCUAAUUCUAGCCAGGGGUCUCGGUCACUUCCUCCUGAAGAAGCAACUGUUCACAUGUUGCACUCGGACAAAAAUACUAAUGCAUCUGAUUGGCAUCCGCAGUCAAAAAGCACUAACGACCAAGGUUGGUCUACUCGAGUUGUUGGACAUUCCGAGAAGAAAUACAAUAGGCUAAGCAAUUUUGUAAACUUCCAAGCUUCCGACUAUUCCAGUGCAACCAUUGGCAGCAGCUCUAACAACGGAUAUGGAGCAUAUUACGGGACACCCAAUGUUUUUCCUGGGUCCCAUGGAUUAGGAAUUCCCACAUACCCUGUGCAGGUUACUCCGUUACAGGCUCACCGAUGAAACGGAGUCAUUCAGGCCAAACAUGGUCUCCAUAUGUUGUUCUAUUCUUACCAACCGACAGAUAUCCCGGUCACGUGACUACCAGAAUUCAUUCCAGAGGUCACCUCCAACCACUACUGAAUGAGGAAAUGUGGCUACAGCAAAGCAUUUAUUUGGUCUCACUUCUGGCGAACAGAAUUUCAAUUGUCCAACAUUCACACUUCAGCGUUAUGACAUUUUUGGCUGUGAGUUGCUAUACAAAACUGUAAAUUUUUAACCAGAACCAUCUUUGUGUUAACUUCGAUUGCGCAUUUUAUUUCAAUGCGUCAUUUCCGUUAUACACCAGUCUUCUUGUUAUCCACAGUGAUAUGAGUGGAACCAGUGUCCAGCUUAUCAUGUAAGACCUAAAGACUGAAAUUACCAAAGCUGAGGAUUUAUUUUGUGUGUGUGUGUGGUGCGGCAUCCAUAUUGGAAUACAGAAGCCACGAAUCGCCAAAGUAUUCUCAAUGAACAACUCACACCAUACACUUCUUCGUAUCUAUUUCCUUGCUGAGAUUUCAGCCUGAUUUGUACAUAAUGGAGUACAUGUUUUCUGAAUUUGUACGCUUUGUUAUGGAAAAAGUAAUUUUUCAUCUUC